AUGGUAUCCAAGAAAACAUUGGGUUUCAAGAAGAAAGACAAAAAGCCGGCUAAUGAAAAUGAUGCUGCCGUGCGUGAAGAACGCUUAAAACUACUAAAGAAGGCUAAAGAGGAGUAUCUUGCUAAACAUGAUAACAAGAAGAUUAUGUUUAGACGGAUCAACGAUCAGGAUAUGGUAGAAAGGAUAAAGAAAAACAAGGAACAGUAUCUACUUAAUUACACGAAAAACAAGAUAAGUAUUAAAGAAGGAGAUGGUUAUCCUGUUGUUUGGGAGGAUGGCUUUGAUCAAUUGUUUCCCCGUCCUGUCGGUGUAAUAGAUACUACUGCUGUUCCUAGUACUAGUACUAGUGGCACUAAUGUAGGAGCCGGCGACCAAACCGCACAAGCUGCUGGCACUUCUGCUGCAACUGAUGCAACUGAUGCUAAUGCAGGACCAGCAGCUGAGGUAGUAACUCCUACUGUGGACCCUGCUGCUGAUGCAACAACUGCUGCAACUGAUGCAACAGCUGCUAAUGCAGAAGCUACAACUGAGGUAGUAACUCCUACUGUGGACCCUGCUGCUGAUGCAACAACUGCUGCAACUGAUGCCACAACAACUACUACAGAUGGGAAUGUUCCGCCAGUUGUUGGUGCAUCGACCGAAAGCGAUGCUCACCAACCACCUAUAGCCGCUACCACGACUGCUACAACCCCGGUACAAAUAGAACAACCAACACCAACACUAACAGUACAGCAACCGCCAGUAGCACAACCAACGCCACAACCACCAGUAACACAACCAACAGAAACUACACCCAUUAAUCCACAACAACAACCUCAUGAUGUAACUACUACUUCGUCGGGGACAGAUACUGGCACAACUUCUUCGCAACAUCAUGACACGACCGACGAUCCAUGGGCUGGCAUUGGAUGGCGCGCAAAUUAUGAUCCUACAAUGGAACCGGAGCUUGACUUAGCCGGCCUAGACAGUUUGCGAUGGCAAGGCCUGGACACACAGAGACCGGUUGGCGGAGGGUCCUUGUCUUUUGCAGAUUCUCAAGACAUGAACGCGGAUUUACAACCGCACACAAUACAACACCCUGCGAAACCUAUGUCAGACAUCAAUGUCCAGACUCAACCUAAUCAGCUUAUUAGAUUCUUGUCUAAAUCAGGCAUUAUUUUGUUUACAGGCGGCUUUGGGUUAGCUAUACUAAUCACAAUACUAGUUGCUGUAUUAAUGUAUAGCGGCAUAGACAUUACAAAGCACCUAACUGGGCAAGGUAUUUAA